CCAAAUGAAUCUCGUCCCAACUCCCUACUUCUAGUCCUCCCCCACCUAAACUGAAGCCUCGAUCAACUAUCAACUUUGCAAAAUCCUUCAACAGGGCUAGCUAACAAAAAUGAAGGCAUCGCCAUUCAACACAAUUGGUGCUGUGCUAAUGCUGCUUUUGUUGGUUGAAGCCAACUUCUCAGAAGCUGUAACCUGCAAUCCAAAUGAGCUGAACCCUUGUGCUGGGGCAAUCCGAUCGUCCUCCCCACCAAGUUCACAAUGCUGCAGCAAGAUCAAAGAGCAGAAGCCUUGCCUUUGCCAGUACGUCAAGAACCCUAUGUUCAAACAGUUUGUUACCUCUCCCAGUGCCCAGAAAGUUGCUAAAACUUGUGGGGUUCCCAUCCCUAAGUGUUGAAAAACACGAGACUGAAUUAAAGCCUAUUCUCGAGGGACUUUGCAUCUUAUAGCUUCUACAUAUAGCUGUAUGCAUGGUUAAUGAAUCUAUCUUGCACAACUCAGCAGUGUUGUGGAAAGAAUAUCUAUGCUUGCGAAUAAUGGCACACCACAUAUGGUGUUUGUGAGAAAAUUGUGUAACGAUGUACCACUAUUUUGAAUGCAUGAAGCAUCCAACUUUUCAAUUAAAAUCUAGUUUGGUCCCUAUUUUAUUAA